AUGGGUGAACCGGAAGGAAACAUCCCUGUAGCUCAAGAUGCAGGUAAAGAAAAGGAGCAGCCCGGGGAAAGCCCCAAUCAAGUAACUACUUUGGCUACCAUGGAUUCAUCUGAAUAUCAAAUGCCGCUAGCAAAGAUAUCCUCAAACAUUUCAAGGUGGUUGGGAGCAUCAAUAAGUAAGAAAUGCAACAUAGUCCCUAUCAGUAUACCCACGGAGGAUACGAUUAAAGAUGAUCAAGUGGCUUUAGCAGUUCAUCCCAAUAAAAGAGUAAAGCUCACAAUAUUGGUUGAUGAUAUUCCAGCAAAAGAUGUGGAUGAUCACACUGCAGGGUUGUGGACAAUGGAAUUUGACGGGAGUUGUGCAUCUACUAAAUCUGGUGCUGGAGUGGUGCUUAUUUCUCCACAUGAAUAUGAGGCAUUGUUCCUAGGAAUUGAACAAGCCAAGAAGAAAGGGAUUAAACUGUUGUGUGCUAAAGGUGAUGCAAAAUUGAUUGUUAAUCAGGUAUGCAAUCAUUAUUCUGUGAAAAAUGAGAGGCUCAAGCAUUAUAGAAAUAGAAUUUGGGAUGAAAUUGAGUAUUUUGAUGCAUUUUCAAUAGAAGUUAUUCCCAGAAGUCAAAAUUCUCACGCAGAUUCCCUAGCGGUAUCGGCAUCAUUACUACUUCCACAUCCAAAUUUUGGUACAGAUGUUUACAGAAUUGAAGUAGUUUAUCGCCCAAACAUCCCUGAUAAUUCAAAUUUCUGUAUUCUCCUGCAAAAGAAUGAACUUGGUAAAGAGUUUCCUAUUGAGUUUAUGAGCAUUCCGCUUAAAAAGCAUGAAUUAAACUAUUCAUUGAACGAGAAGCAGGCUUUCACAGUUGUUAAAGCUGUUAAACAUUUUAGGUAUUACAUAUUACAUUCUCAUUCAAUUGUUUUUGUGCCUAAUUCUGCUGUUAAAAGGAAACCACAACUAGCCGCUUUACCUCUCAGGCCAGUAGUUGUGGAAGAACCUUUCAAGCAAUGGGGACUAGAUUUCAUUGCUCCACUGACACCUUCUUCCAGUGCUGGACAUACACAUAUUCUCACAACUACAGAUUACUUUACUAAGUGGGUAGAAGCAGUGCCUGUUAGGAGAACGACCUCGAAAGUAAUAUGUGAGUUCUUAAAGGAAAAUAGUCUAGUUCGUUUUGGGGUACCAUUGAAGAUAGUGACUGACAAUGCUGCAAGUUUUUCUUCUACAAAAAUAUCCAUGUUCUAUUAUGAUCAUGGUAUUUCCUUGGCACAUUCCUCUGACUAUUAUCCAUAA